UCACUUCAGUAAAAAAUGAGUUUUUUUUAAAAAAGAGCUCGAAUAUCAGAAAUUCAUAUUUUGCGCGUUAGAUUUUUAGCGCUCUCUGUGUUUUUUUAAUUGAAAAAGUGUAUUUCGUUCAGGUUAUGUGCGAUUGUUGCAGUUUGUUGUUUUUGUGUACAUUAAUUACCGCUUUCAACAUUUUUUAAAUUGAUUUUUGAUAUUUUGGGUAGUAUAAAAUAAUCAAUUUGAUAGAAAAUGAAUGCACCACCAACCUUCGAAUCAUUCCUUCUUUAUGAAGGAGAGAAAAAAAUUAUAAAAGAACAAGAUACAAAAGUUCCUAAUGCUGCUAUAUUUACAGUGAACAAAGAAGACCAUACUCUUGGAAACAUGAUUAGAAAUCAACUAUUGAAAGAUCCUCACGUUUUAUUCGCCGGCUAUAAAGUUCCUCAUCCCUUGGAGCAUAAAUUUGUGAUAAGAAUUCAGACAACAUCUGAUUAUACACCUCAUGAAGCCUUCAUGCACGCUAUUACGGAUUUAAUUGCUGAGUUGUCGCUCUUUGAAGAAAGAUUUAAGGAUGCAAUAAAAGAAAAGAAAGAAGGAUUAGAUUAAACAGGAUUAAGGAAUAAUUAUAAUGUAAAUAGCGUCGUCACAGUCUGCAGUAUCAUGUCCAAACACUGAAAAGAG